CAAACUGGUUUGAGCUCGGGUACACAUCAAUAAAUGACACAUAAAUUUUUAAGUUUUUGAAGAAACUAAUUAAAUCAAUAAGAUAUGCGUCCAUUGAUGUUCCUCCUGAAACUCGCCUGGGACUGCAGAUACCGACUCCCACUUCUGAUAACAAUCGGCUUCAUGGUCCUGGACGUAGAAAUGCAACUGGACAUCGACGUUCAAACCAGAAGAGUUCGAAGGCCCGUGCAACAGCCUCGAACAAUACCGCAGUUACAACCUGCAAGUACCGCCGUCCAACCUGCUCCUCAACAUGAUGGGGAUAUCUCUGACACGCGAACAGAGGAUUCAUGGACAACGGUUGAUGAAACCACUGAUGAAGAAUAAUCAUUUACAGAUAAAAAACCUGAGACUGUUGCACUGGUGAUAUUGAUGUUUGUUCAUUAUUUAUAAAAAAAACGUUGCUAUAUCAUUACUAUAUUCGAUAAAACUAUUAACAUUUGACUUUGACACUAUUUUAUUACCAGAAUUACGUCAUACGAAAUUAAAUCUUCGGGAAGGUGGAAAAUGUUCAAAAGUCUACCAAUGUUUUAAAUACCUAGUGUGUAUUUGAGAAAAGGAAAUUCAAGAAUGGUGAAGAAAAAUGUUAAAAGGUUCAAGAAAUAUUUUAUUCAAAAAAUAUGUAUACAAUUAAAUGCCAACGAGUUUACUGAAAUUUGAAGUUAUAAUGAACAUUAAAUUUAUACAUUUUUUUCUAAGAAAAUAGUAUAACUAAACCUGUAUAAUAUAACGUAAAAUAUACUCAAUGAUGGCAGUCAGAUGCUGGCGCUAACAUGUCCGUAUUACACAUCUGCAAAAAAAUAGUCAAUAAUGAAUGCCUUUAUUAUAUUGUAUAUAAAAUUAAGAAAAAUGGUAAAACGUGAAAAAGAACUGUUUUGAAUAGUCUGAACUAGAAUUAUUCAAUGAUUUGUCAGCGAUAAAACAUACGAAAAUAAUUUCAUUUUCGGCGGAUUUUCAAUUUCCAAUCGUUAUACAACCUUCAUUCGGCACUCGGCCCUCAAAGAUCGAUUAUAAAAUUUAUAAUCGAUCCUUGAGGGCCUAACCUUUUCAAAGUCUAAUUAGAUAGAUAAAAAUUAAAACAUAAUAAUGCUUUCUUGUCUGAAGAAUACAAUCAUUCUUAAUGAAAAAGCUAACCUAAAAAAAAAUAUAAUCUAAUUACAUAAGUGGAUCAUAAGUAGGUGAAUUGCAGAACUUAUGUGUAGCGAAGUGCCGUUGGGUGCUUUGCAAUCUUCAUAUCAAAAGUUCUCCUUUAAUAUUCUUGUUUUUCGAGCUAUCCACUGCUUCACAGCAUUCCAUGAAAGAGCAACAAUUGCCCUUGAAAUAACCUCUAGGUGUAUUUAAACUCCCCAUGAUCUAUUCCUAUUCCCUUUUGAAAAAAUCAACUUGCCCUUAAAAUGACCCUCCAGGUGAAUGUCAACGUUUAAAUCCAAGGUCACCACUGGAUGUGCACCCUUAAUUUCCAAGGUACUUGGGUAUGUCAUAGUUUUGGGACACCUAAUAACUUUAUUAAUCCCAAGAAAUUUUUACCAGUGUCUAGAAAAACAAUUGAACAUACAAAAUAAGCUAUGCUUUCAUUCAUUGACACAGAAACCAAGCCAAGCUGAUGGGGGUCAAAGUAGUACUCUUGUAUGCUUAUUUAAGAAUUUGAGAAAUUUGCCUAGAUGGGGAUAAAAUCGGUAACUCUGGACAAUUUGGUAUUUUCUGUUUUUUUGCAUAGUAGAGGUUGAUUUUCGUAAAACAAAAUAUCGCACCCGUUUUCCACUUGUAAAGUAUCUACUUCUGCUCGGCUUGUGAAGUGACACUAUUUAUAAUAAUAUGUUAAAUAGUUUUUUCUUUUUCUAAGCAAUCCUUUUUUUGCAGAUUCAUGGACAACGGUUGAUGAAACCACUGAUGAAGAAUAAUCAUUUACAGAUAAAAAACCUGAGACUGUUGCACUG